CAAAACAGUAGCGAACCGAACUCAGGGAACAAGUCGAAAUGCUAGCUGCUAGUAAUUAAACCCAAAUGGGUCUGUGUCGGUAUGUAAGCACCCACACUCAACAAAAAAUACUUACAGCGCCUAUGAGGGUGAGGUUUUCAUGAAAAAUGACCUGAGCUGCCCGCUCACUCCCAGCUGAACGCUGCCAAAGAAUGCUGAUUUUCAGGUUCGGGGUGAUCUUAACCCCGGAUCGCCCGGACAUCGAGGUGUUUGUGCUGGGCUCCCGCCCGGAGCUCGGUCAGUGGAGCCCGGAUAAGGCCGUCCGGAUGAGCGCCGCACGGCCGCUGCUGUCCACCCGCGAGCCCUUCCUGUGGACUGGGCAGGUGCAUCUAGCCGAGCCGUACACGGAUAAGCACUGGUUCAAGUUCAUUAAGCGGGUGGACGGGAACUUUAUCUGGGAAGGUAACGGUCCUCAUCAUGACCGUGAGUGUGUGUAUGACAAAAGCAACAUGGUGGAUGGCGUGUACUGUCACCCGAUCGGUCACUGGAUCGAGAAGAGUGGCCACACAGACGAGAUGAAACACACGACCGACUUCUACUUCAGCGUCGCUGGAGAGCAGGCCAUGCACUUCUCAAAGGUCCUGCCGCGGGUGUGGCUGGGCAGCUGCCCCCGGCGGGUGGAGCAUGUGACCCUGAAGCUGAAGCACGAGCUUGGUGUUACCGCGGUGAUGAACUUCCAGACGGAGUGGGACGUGCUGAACAACUCGCACGGCUGCCGACGCAACCCUGACGAAGCCAUGACCCCGGAGAUCAUGAUGCACCUGUACAGGGACUGCGGCCUGGCCUACGUCUGGAUCCCCACGCCGGACAUGAGCACUGAGGGUCGUGUGCGGAUGCUGCCUCAGGCUGUGUUCCUGCUAUACGGCCUGUUAGAGAACGGUCACACGGUGUAUGUGCACUGUAACGCCGGUGUUGGGCGCUCCACAGCCGCCGUGUGUGGUCUGCUGAUGUACGUGCUGGGCUGGAGCCUCAGGAAGGUGCAGUACUACCUCACAGCCAGGAGGGCGGCGGUGUACAUAGAUGAGGAGGCUUUGGUACGGGCGCAGGAGGACUUCCUGUUAAAGUUUGGACGCUUACGCUCCUCAGUGUGUGAUGCUCAGAUAUAAAUACAGCAGCCUCUGGAGGACUGGAGCACUAAUACAAGAGUGGACACAACAAGUCAGCAUUGAUGCUAAACAUGAUCUAUUAUCUAUUAAAAAUGGCAUGAAGAAUUGGUCCAGCAACAGCUGUAGAGUAGACUAAAGUUUUCACCCUGUACCUCGACAGUGUGGCAUUUCUACACACAAAAUAAAGCAAUUCUUGAUCCAUGAUCAGCUCCUCCUACCUAUUUGAUAGGGACUACUGCUGCAUUUGAGUGGGAGGUUGAAUAUACCAGAUGGCUAAGUAGUAAACACGACUACACUCUGUUCAGGUGCUUGUUCAUAGAUACGCCCACCACAAGGAAAAAGAAAGCAUGGAGGUCCAGAGAAUACAAUCCAGCCUUUUCCUUUGUUGUUUUAAAAAAGCACAUAGAUCUAAAAGAAGCGAUUAUAUUUUUUGAAGUCACUAGAAGUUUUUCACUCUUAUUAAAGAUGAAAAGUUGUGUAUCGUCUAGAAUCCUGAGUUUACCAGGUGUGUAAAUACAACUUUGUUGGCGGUUCAAGGGCAAUUUACAAUUUACAUGUUAACAUAUUGGAAAAAAAUAAAAUAUAAAAUCUGCCACUUUCGCUAUCUGCUAACGUAGGUACGGCACCGUAAGUGAAUAGCUGCGACAUUAUUGAUAUAUUGUAAUUGUUUUAGCCCUAAUUCUAAACUUUUCAAUGGUGUUUCUAAAUGUACUUUAGUUUAUAAGCAUAUUAGUUAAUUGCAGAAACUAGUAGCCAAAGUUAAUCGCAAUUGACUUAGAUUACUUCUCCAAAAGCUACAA